AUGUCGAUUUGGGCUCGGCGUGCAACCUGGCUGGCGGUGUUGAUGGUGUGGCUGUUGGUGACGGCAAGCGCAGCCCCGCUUUCGAGCUCUGCAUCCACAACGACAUCUUGGACCAGCAUCGAGAGUGCGACCUCGACAUCGCUGACGAGCAGCACACCCUCUUCGUCACCUAGCAUCGAGAGCACAUCUUCGACAUCGCUGCAAACGAGCAGCACUUCCACAUCGUCCAGCUCGAGCGCACCGGCAUCUUCUGCGGUAUCAACUUCGUCUUCCACCUCGAUAUCGUCUUUGUCAAGCACGGCGUCGGUGGUGCGAAUGGCUUCGUCCACUGAGCUCGCGAGCACGACAGUAUCUCGUUCACAGGAGAGUCGGUCUACGCCUUUGCGAUCAAAAGCGACCCCGGUGCAUGCAACUACUUCACACAAGUCCAGCACGCAUCGCGAACAUCCAACUAGUGUUCGCGCCAGUCGAUCGACCAAGCCCAAGCCCACACGCUCUGUUCGAACCAGAUCUGCCAAACCCACUCGUUCCAAAACGAGCAAACCCAGUCGCACUGUCGCACCAAAGACACGUACAGCCACGCCGAAGACACGCACAUCCAAACCCAGUACCACACAUGUUUCGGCUUCCCAGACGCACACGACGCACCUUCACAGCAGCAAGACUCACACCCACUUCGCUUCGCCUACAGCAUUCCAUCCCAAGGGCGGCAAUAUCGUUGCGGAUCCUGUACCCGGUUCGACGUGGGAGAAGGUCCGAAAGAUCCUUUUGAUCCCACUGUGUAUCGUCACCGUACUUACCUUCAUCGCCGGCGUCGGGCUGUAUGUCGCGGCGACGUGGGGAAGCGGUGAAGGUUGGUUCGAAAAACGACUCGCCGCUGCCAACUUGGACGAAAAGGGCCAGACGAUAGGUCCCGGUCAGCCAGACGUUUUCCCGCAGGAAAAGUUCGCGACGAGCAACAAGGAGCGGGAAAGCGGUCAAUUCCAGUUCAAAGCCCCGUCGGUACACGAUCAGCCCCCGCCCCAAACUUAG